AUGGGUAUGGAUAAUUUAAGAACAUUAGUUAUUUGGUUCUUUCUCAUGUCCUGCAUGAGAACCACCACUUCAUCAGACAGCCUGGGAAUGGCACAAUAUAUCCGAGACGGUGAAUCUUUAGUCUCAGCUGGUGGAAGCUCUGAACUUGGUUUCUUCAGCCCCGGAACUUCGACAAGUCGAUAUUUGGGUGUGUGGUACAGAGAUACAUCAGGAAAUCCAACAGUUGUGUGGGUAGCUAACAGAGAAAGACCCCUUCACAACAAGUCAGGAGUGUUGCAAUUCAGCAAAAUGGGGAUUCUUCAGCUUCUUGAUGAGACAAACAACACUGUUUGGUCGUCCAACAUAUCCAGCAAAUCCUGGAGUAACUCAAUUGCACGGAUUUUGGAUUCGGGAAAUCUUGUAGUGACAAAUGGGAAAAAUAUUUAUAACAGCAGCUUUUUGUGGCAGAGUUUUGAUUACCCUUGUGAUACAUUGAUGCCUGGAAUGAAGAUUGGAUGGAACUUUGUUACUGGUCAGGAAAAAUAUGUAUCAAGCUGGAAAAGUGAAGAAGAUCCUGCUGUGGGAGAGUAUACUAUAAAAAUUGAUCCUAGAGGAUAUCCACAAAUAAUGGUAAUGAAAGGAUCUCUUAUAUCUUUUAGAGGUGGAUCAUGGAAUGGCCUUUAUUUUACUGGAUCUCCAUCUCAGAACACACAAACAUUUAGAUCCAAUUUUGUAUUGAAUGGAAAAGAGGUGUAUUAUGAGUUUGAAAUGCUUGAUACUUCCAUUUUCACAGUACUUAAAGAAUACCCUUCUGGUAAUGGACAAUAUCUGGUUUGGACAAGCCAAACAAGAAACAAGGUACAAGUUACCCAGGUUGCGAACCAAGGUGGGUGUGAAAGGUAUGCCUAUUGUGGUUCAAAUGCUAUAUGCAUUGUGGACAGUAAUGUUGCAAUAUGCAAGUGUCUGAAAGGGUAUAUUCCCAAUCCCAGUUUUCCUAAACCACAAAAUAUGUCAUAUUGGUCCAAUGGUUGUGAGAGACAGGUUGCACUGAGUUGCAAUAACACCAAUAGCUUCUUGAGGUACACAGGCAUAAAAUUGCCAGACACAUCUUCUUCAUGGUAUAGUGAGAUAAUGAACCUCCAGGAAUGUCAAAAGUUUUGCCUGAAAAACUGUUCUUGUUCAGCAUAUUCAAGUUUGGAUAUUCGUAAUGGAGGAAGUGGUUGUCUAAUUUGGUUUCAUAAUCUUACUGACAUUAUACAAUUCUCACAAGGGGGUCAAGACCUUUACCUAAAAGUCCCUUCUUCAGAAUUGGCUGCUAAUGGCCAUGGAAACAUCAAGCAAAAGAAGGUAGGAAUUGCAGUUGGUGUGAUUAUUUUCGGAUUAAUCACAUGUGUCAGCAUAAUGAUUAUACAUCCAGGGACAAGAAAAAUAAUUUACAGAGAAAAACAGAUGCAAGAAGAUAUUGAUCUACCAGCAUUCAAUUUCUCAGUCUUAGCUAAAGCUACCGAAAAAUUUUCAAGCAGUAACAAACUUGGAGAAGGUGGUUUUGGAGAAGUAUACAAGGGUACAUUGACUGAUGGGCAAGAGUUAGCCAUAAAGAGACUUUCAAAAAAGUCUGGCCAAGGGUUGGAAGAGUUCAAAACUGAAGUAGCGUUGAUGGCCAAACUUCAGCAUCGUAAUCUUGUGAAGCUUCUUGGUUUUUGCAUUCAAGGAGUAGAAAAAAUAUUGGUCUAUGAAUACAUGCCGAACAAAAGCCUGGACUACUUCAUUUCUGAUGAAAUUAGAAGGAAGUUGCUAGAUUGGCCUAAACGUUUCAACAUUAUUAGCGGCAUUGCUCGUGGACUUCUUUAUCUUCAUCAAGAUUCUAGAUUAAGAAUUAUUCAUAGAGAUCUAAAAACCAGCAACAUUUUGCUGGACGCAAAUUUGAAUCCUAAAAUAUCAGACUUUGGCUUGGCACGAACAUUCUUAGGCGAUCAAGUGGAGGCUAACACAAACAGGAUAGCUGGAACAUAUGGUUAUAUGCCUCCUGAGUAUGCAGUACAUGGGCAAUUCUCAAUGAAGUCUGAUGUGUUUAGCUAUGGUGUGAUAGUACUAGAGUUGUUAAGUGGAAAGAAGAACAGGGAAUUCUCCGACCCGGAAAACUACCUUAAUCUUCUUGGACAUGCAUGGAGAUUAUGGACUGAUGACAGACCAUUGGAGCUAUUGGAUGAAUUGUUAAAGGGAUGCACCCAUUCUGAGGUCAUAAGAUGCAUACAAGUCGGCCUAUUAUGCGUGCAACAAAGACCAGAAGACCGACCAGACAUGUUAUCUGUGGUCCUAAUGCUAAAUGGUGAGAAAUUGUUGCCCAAGCCAAAGGUCCCUGGUUUUUAUAUUGAAAGAGGUGUUACAAUUGAAGUAGAUACUUUGUCGGGAAACGGCACACCGUUUUCAGCCAACGAAAUUUCCAUGACAUUGUUAAAUGCAAGAUAGUAUAUGGACG